AGCUAUUACGCCUAAUUGAAUGUCACUUCAUCGUAUACCUACCUAGGUAGACAAUCUCCAAAGCUCCAGGGCUCCUAGGUCUCUUCGACCGUGUAGUUUGCGUUUUGCAAACGUAACAAUGGAUCAUCAUCAAGAGAAUGGGUCUGCCAUGUCCAGAGCACUUGCCAUUCCUGAGGUGCUUGAGGAUAUACUUCUUCACCUGCCGCCCCGAGACAUACUUCGUGCACAGCAAAUAUCGAAUUUCUUUCAAGCUGUGAUCCGGGGGUCAAAGCUACUGCAAGAAAACAUCUUUCUGCUUCCCCAACAGGCAGCUGCAACCCGUUGCACCAAUGGCCUGAUAUUUGAUCAAACAGAUGCGCUGCUGCAACUAGAUGACCAGGUUACAGCUCUCAGCAUGCUUGUCGCGCAACCACCGCAACCUCGCGUUACCGUGAGAGCCAUCUCAGUCGAAGGACACCAGCCAGGGGUCUGUCGGAUAACUAAUCCGGCUGGAGUGACACUUCGCGACGUGCGUUGUCAAUAUAGCUGGUGGUCUGAUAGGACUGUCCCGCCGUUGAACGUAUGGCUGGAUCUGCCUGUUGCAUGGCAUGAAGGCAGUGGGUAGCCAUCUCACGAGAGUAGCAUCAAAAUAGCAUGCCCGAAUGCACGUGAAUAGACAUUUUUGCAUGGAAGGGCUCUCUGUUGAUCAUUCGCGCAAUACAUGGCAACGAUACGCCGCA